GGUUGGCCAGGUGGGGAGAGGUUUGGUUCGGCUCACUAUUUGCUCGAUGGUUGCCACUGUCUACUUUCGUAGUUUCAAUAGUCUGGUAUUCCGAUCAGUCACUUCGACUGAUUAUCGUGGCCAAGGAUUACUGUCAGUGUCCUGAGUCUCGUGCUACAAACGCGAGCGAGUAUUUAUGUGAAAAUUGAUCGAAUUAACCGAACGAACUAACGACGGAGCGAUGUUGAGCCUUUGCCGUCAAGCGUUAAUAUCUAACAGUCAAAAAAUUAGUACAAGAUGCUUUGGGAGUAUAAUGCCAGUACCGAAUCCUGUUGAAUUCCCUCUGAAAAAUGAGCCUAUUCUUUUGUAUAAAAAGGGCAGCCCGGAAAGGGCAGAGUUGGAGAAGACCUUGGAUAAAAUGGCCAACGAGUUGGAAGAGAUACCCCUGGUUAUUGGGAAUGAAGAAAUUAAAACUGACCUCGCCAAAUAUCAAGUUAUGCCACAUAAUCACAAGGCAAAGAUUGCCAAGUACUACUGGGCAACACCCGAGUUAAUCAGAAAGGCGAUAGACGUUGCUGUAAAGACUCAACGCGAAUGGGAGAAACGUCCUUUUGAGGAACGUUUAGAAAUCUGGUUGAGGGCAGCUGACCUUAUGGCGACCAAGUACAGGCAGAAUCUGAACGCCGCCACGAUGCUUGGCCAGGGAAAAACUGUUAUUCAAGCGGAGAUCGAUAGUGCGGCAGAGCUAAUCGAUUUCUUCCGAAUGCACGCAUAUUUCGCCCAGGAUGCGCUGAAAUAUAAACCGAUCUCGCCGGAGCCGGCAGAAACGUUAAACUCGUUGAGGUACAGAGGAAUGGACGGUUUCGUUGCAGCCGUAUCACCAUUCAACUUUACUGCCAUUGGUGGUAAUCUUAGCUAUACCCCUGCUCUAAUGGGCAACGCAGUAUUGUGGAAACCAUCUGAUACAGCUUUACUUUCGAACUGGUGGAUAUUUAAGAUCUGUAAGGAAGCCGGCGUGCCACCAGGCGUGGUAAAUUUCGUUCCGUGCGAAGGCCCCGUCUUCGGCGACAAUAUAACUGCUUCACCUUAUUUAUCUGGAAUUAACUUCACUGGAUCGGUGCCGACGUUUAAUCGUCUGUGGACGCAAGUGGGUCAGAAUUUAACGAAAUACAAGAAUUAUCCGAAAUUAAUAGGUGAAUGCGGCGGGAAGAAUUAUCACUUUGUACAUCCGAGCGCCGACGUAGGUUCGGUUGUCAACGGUACCAUAAAGAGCUCUUUUGAAUUCAAUGGUCAAAAGUGUUCAGCUUGUAGCAGAAUGUAUGUACCAGAAUCCCUGUGGCCUAAGAUAAAGGAGGGUCUCUUAUCGAUCCGCGACACUCUUAAAAUCGGUGACAUUAGAGAUUUCACCAUGUUCACUGGAGCUGUAAUAGACGCUAAUGCAUUUAAGAGAAUCUCCGGUUACAUCGAACACGCCAAGAAAUCGCCCAAUUUAGAAAUUAUCGGUGGUGGAAAAUAUGACAAUUCGCGUGGUUACUUUAUUGAUCCGACGAUAGUCGUUUCGAAGGAUCCGAAAGAUAAAAUAAUGACCGAGGAAAUAUUCGGGCCUGUCCUAUCUAUAUACGUUUAUAAAGAUUCAACCCUCAACGAAACGAUGAAAUUAGUGGAGUCUUCAACGCCGUACGCUUUAACUGGAUCGAUAUUUGCACAAGAUGAGCAAUGGGCAAGAAAAGCAUUGGAGGAGUUCAAAUACACAGCCGGUAAUUUCUACGUUAACGACAAAUCGACGGGGUCAGUUGUCGGCCAGCAGCCGUUCGGCGGUGGUCGUAUGUCCGGCACAAAUGAUAAAGCCGGCGGUCCUCAUUACGCUCUCCGUUGGGCAUCGCCACAGUCCGUCAAAGAAACAUUCGUUCCUUUACGCGAAUACGAUUAUGCGUACAUGAGAUCUUAGAUGUAAGUACGUAUUGUCAACAGCUUACAGUAAACGCGGAAAGAUAACGCAUAUCGAUCCAAAACUACAAAAUUGAAACAUACAAAUUUUCUUGGUGGAUCAGUCAAGUGAAAAUAUCGUUUCAUGCAUUCCUUUCUGUGGAAUCAUUUGAAUUUUUUGCGCGAGGCGCCAUUUACACUCACGAUGCAAGUGGCAUAGGCUUUGUAGAACUCCGUACUAUAAAGCGAACUGCUUAUACACGAAAUAAAUCACUUCAUCAAAAUAGCCGAUUCUUAAACAGCAUUCAGUGAAAUUGGUACCUUCACGUACCAGUUAAAUAGCAUUUUUUCUCUCUUCGGUUUUUUUCUUUUUAAAUAAAUAUAUGGUCAUUAGAUAGCAUGCGAGGAAGAGAGACGAACACGGAAAUAAACUAACAUCCGCGAAACUACUUUCGAGGUGGUGUUGAUUUAAACAGAAUGUUUGCUGCCGAUAGAUAAAUCUAAUGUUCUGUGAGUCGCAGCGCGAUCGAUUCUGCAACUAUUGAUAAAUCUGGUUUAACUACAAAUAACAAUUUCAUAUCUCAGGAAUUACUACACGUGUUCCCAGACGAAGUGGCAUUUCUUUUUAUCGUGCAUUGCAAUGAUACGUGAAAUUUUAUAACGAAUAUAUUAAUCAGUAUAUGAUGAUCCAGCCGCAUAAAAUCCGAGGGUGUGCUUGGAGUAAAAGAGGAAGAAAAA